GGACAGUUGGCACAUAACCAGAUGUCACCAGAGAACAUACAUAUAUAUAUCCCCACAAACUGUGAAGCGUUUCUUACAUUUCGAUCAGAAAAUUAUAAAAAUAUAACAUUUUGGAAUACUUUUCUUAGCCUGUGCCAAGUGCUCGCGAAAUUAAUGAACAGCAACGAGCCAUCAACGACAUCCAGAUUCCAUCAUGGGCUUUGAUCUCAACAGCAUUGUGGGCGUAGUGGACGAGGAGCUGGUCUGUCCGAUCUGCAGCGACGUCCUGGAGGACCCAGUUCAAUCCUCUGGCUGCGAGCAUGCCUUCUGCCGCGCCUGCAUAGAAAAGUGGAUGCUGGAGAAGCAGAUCUGCCCAGUGGACCGCUCUGAUCUGCUACGAUGCCACCUUGUGCCCGCCUCCCGCCUGAUGCGCAACAUGCUCUCUCGGUUGAAGAUCAAGUGCAGCUUCGGGGAUAGCGGUUGUCUCCUACACUUGCGCCUAGAGGACUACCGGUUACACGUGGCCAGCUGCGAGUACAAUCCAAAGGUGGCCGUGGAGUGUAGCAACGGCUGCGGCAUGAAGGUGCCCAAGGACGAGCUAGCCAAGCAUAAUUGCAUUUUGGAGCUUCGAGAGAUGGUGAAGAGACAGCAGGGCGAGAUUGUCGAUCUGAAGAAGGCCCAAGGCAGCCUGGAUCUGCGCAUCGUGACCCAGCGCAGGGAGUUGGAGCUGCUGCAGUAUUACGUUACCGCACUGCGUUCCUCUAACCCAAUGCUGCGCAACAUCGGCGAGCAACUGGACCGCUACUCGCUGAUGCAGUGGGGCAACGGACUGUCGCUGGCCACCGUCCGUAACUGGGGCAGCCUGAUCUCCACUCCGGACAAUCCCAUGCAUGUGGCAGUGCGAGAGUGCCUGUGCUCCUGCGGCUGCCCGAUGAACCUGGUUAACCUGAUGGUAGACCGCUGCCACGAGGAACACUGGCCCGACGGCCUGAUCAACUUGGACGUCCGCCGCGAGAACUUCCACCGUCUGCCGCUGUAUGUGACUCAUCUGCUGCCCUCGCUGGCUACGGGAAAGCAGUGUGUGGUUGUGUUGGGCGGCGACAACACCCACAUGCCGGAGAACCUGCGCCCCGUUCUCGGUCUGGUCAUGAUCUUCGUUGACGGCGUCGAGGAAGUGCAGCAAGAUCCCUUGCCGGACAACGAGCUUGCCUGAGCCACACCGGUAUUUCCCAGGUCAAAAUUCAGUUUGGUACAAACACAUCACCGAUAGCAACAGCCUUCCGUUUCUCGUCUUCAUCCUCGGAAUGAACCGAAGUUGCUUUUAGUGUCUUAGAUUCACAUCAUUUUUUGUGACCCCUCCUGGAACUUUUCAGUAAGAAUAAACUGUAAACAAACAAAAAUCAA